AUGAUGUCGUGGAGUUCACAAGUCGCAGCUGCACCCUUUUCAUCAGCAAAUACGGCAAUGAUUGAUCUCCUUGUCCCAUUAUCACAAAGCGCACCCAACACGAACUUGUUCCCUAAAAUACAACAUCCAUACCCACCAGAAUACGCUGACUCACGUUCUAACAAUGUUGUGCCAACCAAUUCGUGGAUCAGUAACCUGUUUUACGACAGCGUGGAGCAUCUUGCACCCACAACGCCUGAUCCUUAUACCCUUCGGAUCUUUGAUGGAUAUGGAGGCAACCCCGGUCUCAGCAUACGACAGCCAUCGAAUAAGGUAUUUGGAUCAUAUCCACCGAUGAAUGAUGUGCCGUAUACAGAGUCAGGAUACAUGAUCAAUAGCGUUGUGGUGGAUCUUCGCUUUACUUGUAGUGAAUGGGGCCAAGGCUCAAGACCAAGUCAAUCAGUCACUUCGUGGGAUCAUUUUUCUGCCAACUUGGAGUUAUCUACUGCUCCUGGUGAUCAACGCCGUAUUGAAUUCCCGCUGGUGCGUGGCAUGGCAUAUGUUACAGCCAUCUAUCACAAUUUGACACCGCAGUUCUUUACCCAACAUGCCAUCAUUCGUGUCGAUGCCGAUUCCUCUUCAGGCAAUGAACGCUUCGUGGGUCGCAAGUUUAAGAUAUCCAUGAACGACAAUCCCACAUCGACGUUCCUUAUUUAUGCACUUGGUGAUCAACCUCUUGAGCUCCGCAGAGAAGGCACCUCAAACCUUGUGGCAUCGCGUCCUUACAAUGGCCCCAUUCGUGUUGCAAAGCUUCCCAAUGCUGGCGACGAGUCGACAUUAGAUGGCAGUAGUGGUGUAUGGCCAACGGGUGGUAGACUCAGUGCCCAAGGCAGUCGAGAACAAGGCGAGUACCAUAUCGAAUGGGAGACUCAAGGCGGUUCAGCAGACAAGCUCCUCAUGUAUGCAUAUCCACAUCAUUUGGAUUCCUUGACCAAUACACAAAGGACACGACUUUCGUUACAAUCAGCGACAAAGGGUGCCAUGACAGCUGUAUUGGGAUCUCGUUGGUCUUUGCAUGAGGCGUCGUUAAGCCCUGUGGAAUGGCUUCCAUUGAAUCCAGCAGCACCUGCUUCAGCUAUCAAUGAAAUCAUGGCCGCCAUGGAUAAGGAUUUACAAAGCGAUUAUCGAGCAGAGACCCUGUUGGAAGACAAUUAUUUUUCAGGCAAAGGACUACAAAAGUUUGCCAUGUUGGCGCUCGUUCUCAACAAACCAGAGCUCACUCAACUACGCAAUCCUGAACUCGCUGCAACAUCUUUGGAAAAGCUCAAGAAUGCAUUCGUACCAUACCUUGAAAACAAGCAGCAUGAUCCAUUCCGAUAUGAUAGCGUCUACAGGGGCAUUGUUGCACGAGAUGGUCUCCCAACUUCCAUGGGUGGCAAAGGCGAUGUCAAUGCUGAGUUUGGUCAUUCGUUGUACAAUGAUCAUCAUUAUCAUCAAGGCUACUUGAUUGUUACGGCUGCUAUCAUUCAUUACUUGGAUCCUCAUUGGAGAUCAGAGGAGAUUACUCAAUGGACCGAAACGCUUAUCCGAGACGUCAAUACACCAGUGGACAAUGAUCAGUAUUAUGCACCAUUCAGGAACUGGGAUUGGUUUGCAGGACAUAGUUGGGCUGGUGGUAUCAAGAUCAAUGGCGCAUUGGAUGGUCGUGAUCAAGAAUCGAUUCCAGAGUCUGUGAAUUUCUACUGGGGCACAAAACUCUGGGGAUUGGCUACCAACAAUGAUGCACUUGUUAAUCUCGCGGCACUUCAAUUGGCCAUUACCAAGAGAACAACCUAUGAAUACUUUUGGAUGCUCGACAACAACAAGAAUCGACCACGGAACAUUAUCCAAAACAAGGUGAUUGGUAUCUACUUUGAGCAAAAGGCCGACUAUACCACUUAUUUCGGACGCUAUGUCGAGUAUAUUCAUGGCAUUCAACAACUUCCAAUGACACCAGCCCUUGCCGAUGACAUACGUAUACCAGAAUUUGUUGGUCAAGAAUGGCAACAAAAGCUCGCCAGCAUUGCACCCAAUGUUCGUAGUCCAUGGGCCGGUGUGCUUUAUCUCAACUAUGCAUUAUUGGAUCCCUCGGCAGCCUAUGCACAAUUAAGAAGAGUGCCCGUGGAUGAUGGACAAACACGCUCAUUCUCACUUUAUCUUGCAUCAACACGAGGCAACUUCCAACGAGGUCUACGAUUGAACAGACAACUCAAUAGCAGCCUUCCAGCAUCAUCAUCCACACCAGGAUCGGAUCUACGAACUCAAAACCGCAAUCCCUUUUCUUCGUCAGCCGUGAACAUUAUCAGACACCUUGGUUCCACUGACAACAAUCAUGAUGACCGAUACAACGGCUAUUGA